AGAGCAAAGUCCGUACUUGAACACAUUAAUAAGCGUUUCGAUGCCUUGUCCAUUAAUCUCAAAGUUACUUCACAUUGUGUCCUUGUGUUGUUGAUACUGAUAGUGCCACCCAUGCAAAGUGAAGAAAUGGCUGCUGAAGUCGAAAGGAUGCCUGAAGCUGACAAUAAGUCUUUCAAGGCUCGUCUGUGGGAAUUGCCUGUAGCUUUAGCUGCUGUCAACCAACUCUCAGAAAUUUACAGUGCGGUGAAGGAGCGCAAUUGUGUCACCAGAAUGGCUUUUAAUGCUGGUGAAAAAACGAUCGAUAUGGCGAAUACUGCUUCUAAGCCUAUAAUUCAGGCAGCCAGCACUUGUUCGCUGUCUAAACCCAUCGUUGGAACAGUUGAAUGUGCUGGUAAGUCAGUAAAGACUGGUUUUUCUUUCGUAGAAAUUUAUAGGGUUUGGGCUAAUAAAAUCCGUCGCUUUACACGAAUGUCAUAUUUUAAUAACGCUGUUGUGCAAUUUGUGAAUUGAUAAAUUGCGGUUUUCAUAAAUUUGGCGUUUGUCGUAGUUUGUGGUCAGAGUAAUUUGUACUACGUCCUAAGUAUAUGUGAACUUUGACCAGAGCACUGUUUAGUUUUAUAGUUGUAGUUUGCCUUUUAGUGAUAACUUGUAUUUCUCUCGUGGUUUUGUUCAUUGUUUCAAAAUAAUUUAAUUGUUUGAAAUGGUGUUUUAGGUAAGGCUUGUGGCGCGACGUUUUAUUAUGCAAAUCAUUACAUCAUUAAGAUACGUGUUGAACGUCACGAGCUUUUGGAAGCAACGAUGUGAAAAAAUAAAUUAUUUCUGUAAAUACUAUUGAUUUUUAAGAAGACAUUUCUAAAUAUGAAUCGACCAACGUUCACUCUAGUAGUAAGUGUCAAUUAUUUGCUUCAGCCAACACAACUUUGCCAAAUUCAUUUUCUCACAAAAAGAUAAUUGAAGUGAAUAGUGAACACAGCUGGGCAACUUCUCCACAACUCACUGAACCACCGUUGUUGUUUUAACCUGUUAUUAAAAUCGUGGUGACAAGGUAGAGGUGGCUCUACAAGAUGUUUAGUGGUAGUUCUUGGGAUAAAUUAACAAUAAUAAUAAUAAUAAAGUUUUUUGGCACCUUUAGAAAACUUGAUAAGCUUACAUUACUAUAUAGAAAAAAUAAAUUGGUCAAAAUCUACAAAUUUUUUUCUUACAACAGUAACAAAUAAAAUAAAUGAAAUAAUUAAGAAUUAGGUGACAUGAAAGCUAGGUAUAUUUCCAUGUAAAAUAAAUCAAAAAUAAAAUUUCUGAAACAGAAUGUUUUGAGGGGAGAUUUAAAAGAUGAAAGAGAUUUUUUAACAGAAUCUAGUAGAUUGUUCCAUAAUAUAGAUAGGGAGAAAGAGAAGGCUUGUUUUCUAUAUGUCACAGAGUUCACAGUAGGGACAGUAAAUGUAGUUUAGAGGAUGAGUGUAGGCUUUGUUGCAGGUGGUAUUGUUGUAGGAGGGACAACAAGUAGGCUGUAACUUGUUAUUUAUUUCUUUUAUUUCUUUUCUUUGUCACCCAGCUGCAACCAUUGAUCGUAUGGCAUCAGGAACACUGGCCAUAGUAGAAGAGAAGUGUCCCAUUAUAACCAAAACACCCACUGAGGUAUAGCUCUUCAAAUUUAGAAUACACAAGAACUGCUGUACACUUAAAACCCUUUAUUUGUGGUAUGAAGAAGAAGUUGACUGCAAAUUCCUUGACGGGGCAGCCAACUGUCUCAUAGUCAUCUGUACUGAAAGCAUGUAAUUGAUAUUGACCAUCAGACUUGCAUGUUUACAUUUAUCGGUGAACAUCAAGACAAUUUUUUCCUAAAAUCAAAUGAGUUUAGUUUUACUUAUGUCAUGGGAAGCCUUUGAGCUCUUAGGGUGGUAUUCCAGAGGCAUGCUCAAUUCAUGGUCAUCACAUGUUUUGUGUUGGACUUAAGUUGAUCCUUUCCACCAUAAUAUUAGUAUGUAUGUUCUCCAUACAUUUCUUAAGGUACAAAAAUAAUUUUUUCAACAAUUAAGAGUUUUGUUAGUUUUUACUCUUUUCUUCAUUCUUGUAACCAUAAUGUAUGAUCUAGGGAUGAUAUUGUGAGGAAAAAUUAGAUGCUAGUCACUCUUACGGGUCAAUGGGUCAAUAGAUAGUUCAUUCAUGCCUAGUCAAGUUUGUUUGUUUUGUUAUCUUGAGAAAGUUGACUUUGAUUUCAUAGUUCACUGAGGAAUUAUGAAAAAGUGCCAGUUAUAAAUCAUUGCUGACAAAAUUGAAGUCAAUAUGCUUGCACUCAAUCCACUGAAUACACUAAAAUUGCUUGAGUGUAAUUGAAAAGGAAAAGGAAAAACAGUUUUGGUUUUGAUGCACAAGUGUAGCUCUGUUUCAAGGGCAUGAUCAUGUUUUAUCUUGGUCAAUUUGGUAUGAAAGUUGUGUAAUUUUGAUUAGUGUCCUACAAUAAUUAUAAGUCUGAAUGUGGCAAAUACAUAUAUAACUUGUUUUUAAAUCAUUUUGAGAUAUGUAAUGUUUUCUCAAACAACUUAUUGUUGUUGUAGAUCAAGACCUCUGUUGCUGAUACUGCCACAGAGUACUUUGACAAAGUACAGAAAAGCUGCAUGGUAAAGAUGUUGGUGACUAAGACUGAGCAAGCCUUGGAGUUUGGUGAAUUGUUUACUGAACUAGCAUUGCCAACAGAUGGUAACUGUGGAGAAGACAUGAAUGAUUUGGAGACCGAAUUUGAAGAUGCUUCUAAAGGAGUUAUGACGAGAGCCUGCAAACUGAAGGAGAGGUUGACACGCAGAGGAAAAAGAAAACUGCUGUCCUACAGACCUGUAAAAAUGAGUGUUGAUGCGGUAUGUGAUAGGUUAUGGAUCUGAUUAUUUUCAUUUUAGGGUGCUUAAAUUUUGCUUAAAUGAUAUUUUUUAAAAACUAUAAAAAAAAGAAAAAAUUCUGAAAUCUUACUAAUUAGUUUUCAGUAAAUUUUUGAAAUGGCUGCUACAUUUCAACCAAACCUUUUUAAAUUCAGAAAUUUGCACUGAUUGUUUUGUUCAUUGUCGGAAAUUACUGAUAGUCUAUGGCAAUUGGUGGUCAUUAAGUGUUGGUUUUUUUAACCAGAUAGUUAAUCUCAUUAAAUGCACAACUUUUUGGUCACAAAACAAUAGGACAAUAAUUAUAGUCUGUAGUUGUAUAAAUAGCUAAUAUUACUUUAACUAAAUAAUCCUUGGGCUAGUUUCUUACAGAGUGAACCUAUCAUUUUCUCUUAAACAGUGUGCGGGUGUGCAAGAGUGCACAAGUGAGUUGCUUGAAAAAUCAACUGAUGCUGGCAAGAAGGUUUUCAAGGCAACCAUGUACAUCCCAAACAUGGCUCUUGGUCUGACUGGUGAAGUGAUUGUCUCGGCAAAGGAAUUGGUUUUUUCUCUCACGCAGGUAAACUUGUGAGCUCAAGCUUUGUUGUACUGUGUUUAGGCUAAAAAAAAAGUCCUCAUUUUGUGUUAUUUAGAACUUUUUAGUCAGUCUAAUUUUUUAAAAAAUUUUGUUUAUUGAAAACAGACAACUUUUGCCAUCAAACUACUUGUUCAAGUAAAUAAUAAAUUGAUGGUAAUUGCUGGUUGUACUUCCUUGUGUAGCCCAAGUUAAACAACUAUGUAUUUCCACUUUUAGGCCCAUCCUGUGAACGAAAUGCCUGCUACUGUGACAGGUUUAAUGACAAAGGUGGUUCAACCUAUCUGUGAUGCAAAAGAUAAACUUUCUGGCUACGUUUUUGUUCCUCCACAUGUGAUGACUGGUUACCUCCUCACUUCUCGCCCUGUCCAGUGGAUCAUACCCCAUAUCGUUGCGGUGGAAGACCUACAGAAAAUGCAAAUCUUGGUUGGUGAAAAUGAGGACUCAGCAGAAUCAGAGGAAAAUGAGAAAGAUUCCUCUUGAAUUUAUUUAGACUCAAUCUAUAAAAAAAUAUGUUUAGUUAUUAAGCACACAGUAUCUAUUUGAAAAGUAGUAUUCAUCCAGAAAUAUUGUAUUCAUUUAUUUGCAAUGUAGUAUUCAUCUUUUUGGAAUGAAGUCUUCAAAAGCUGAAAUAAUGUAAGCCAAUUAUUAGUGACUAUAUUUUAUUUUUUCAUUUCAAAGGCCCGUUUCUUUGGUUACCAACUAUUUUUUAUAACUCAUUUUUAAUUCCGCUGAAUUGUUGAAUUUCACAUUUGGUAGUUUCCUAUCAGCCUGCAAAUGAAAAUGAGCAAAUGAUUGAAAUUUUCCUUCUUUCCAGACUAAAGUACUUACAGCCAUUAAGUGUUUUAAUCAGUUUUACUAAAAUAGCAUUAAGUUGAAAAAAUUGUUUCAGAAAAUUUUUUAGUUUUCACAUCUUGAUUAAGUUGGUGAUGGUAAUGAUAAUAUGAAGACAUUGUUUUACAAGAAAACAAAUAUUUACAAUCUUAACAGUAAGAGUCAAUGAGUGUAGUGAAAGAGCAUAAAUAAAUUUUGUAUUGUAACCAUUUGCUUUGUUAGACGUUUUUAUCUAGCUGGAGAAUGUUUGACGUCUUUCUGUAAAGGGUUGUUGUGUUUUGCUUGUCUGAGAUAUAUACCUAUCCUCUGUGGUUGGAUUUCAUUUUCCAAGUUUCAGCACCACGAUUUUUCGAAUUACCAAUUGUGAAGUAUCCUUCAGAAAAUACCAAAAAACGCUCCUUUCUCUUUCUCACCCCCUUCAACUUAUACUUGCUUCAGUUUGCCUGGGAAUAAUGAGAAAAACGAUACCUGCAGUCUAGCUGUUGGGGGAAAUGUACACAAAUGAAAAAAAUUGCGGCAACUUGCAAAAGGGGAUCUUCCCAUCUGACAACCUCAAAGCUGUGGUUAUACUUACCUCGUGCAUAGUAGUUAUCUUGCAUUAGGUGGACUGUUAAGUGCCAUUCAUGAUGGCCCUCGCAAAACUUUGUUUCCUUCUCUACGAAAUUGUGACAGUUAACAUUUCUUGUUAUUCUGCCAACAACUCGAUUAUCUACAGAGGUGGAAGUGAAGAGUAGUUAAAAGUACCCGAGAAAUAAUUCCUGUCUAGCCACUCCCAUGACAGAAUUAGGCACGUGUCCAAUGAAGACUCGAACCGUGAUACACCACUCCAGGGAACACGUUCCCUCACCGAAAAACCCAACCACCACCGCUUAACGACAAAUUUUUAAGACUUAACUGAAAUGUCUGUACGACGUGUUUUUAUUAAAUUUGUCAACGAAAGGUUUGCAGCGUAGUUCAAGAUGUUAUUGGAAAGCGCUGGGCACUUCUCAGAAUCAUUCCAGAUUUUGCUGAAGCUGGGCUCUCCCCAGUCCUCUUACCGCUCUUGAAGGAGUGGUCACUUAGUCAGAUCUAAAAACAGUCUUAUAUCGUUGUAUCGGUGUGAGCACAUCAUUUACAAUCAAUUGUGUUUUAAUCUCGAGUUUGUGUCUUUACUGGUGUGACAUCGGCCAUUUAUCGAGAAAAAUGUGUACUGAAGUAGAGAACAAGUCUUUCACGACUCGUCUGUGUGAACUUCCUGUGGCACUGGCGGCAGUUGAUCAACUAUCACAAAUUUACAAUGCUGUGAAGGAGCGAAAUUGUGUCACAAGGAUGGCUUGUAAUGCCGGUGAAAAAACGAUCGAUAUGGCGAAUUCUGCUACUAAACCUAUAAUUCAGGCGGCCAGCACUUGCUCGCUGUCGAAACCCAUCGUUGGAACAGUUGAAUGUGCUGGUAAGUUUAAAAUUUUUCCCAUUCGAUGACGUGUUUACGGAAGUACGACGCUUACGAAAUGUUUAUUUGACAUGUAUUCCAGUUUGUAAUAGCUUUCUCGUUUACUGUUUAUUGUACCUUAAUGUACUUGCUUCUUUGUCAACCAUGAUUGUGCUAGACUUCUGCCUUAAUAGUAAUUCGUCCUCGCUUUAUUUUGUAAUGUAAUCGUAUUUCCCUCGAAGGAAACUGUUCGUGAGUGGACUUUGGCCAGGGUACUUUGACCUUUUUCUGUUCCGAGUAACGAUUUCUGUUUAUCGCUUCAUUUAUUUACUUCAGUGAUUUUGAACUUUAAUUGUGGUUCAACUAAUUAUUUUUGUCGAGUGUUGUAAUAACGAUGAAGUAGGUUCAGAACAAAAGAAUUGUUAUUGUACAAUGGAAAGUCAAUUACCGAGGUUAAGCGAAGAAAGGGUGGUUGUUUAACGAACGUUCCGCUAGAAAGCUUGUGUAGUGUUCAAUUCUAAAUUAUGAAUCCGUUUUAACUAUCCAUGCUUUAACUAUCCAUGGAUCCUCUCUAUAUCCUAUAGAUCCUCUAUCUAUAUCGAGCACAAUCUCCUUUUUGGCUUCUUUCUGCGCAUAAUUUUUUUUCUUUUGGAGGGAGGGAUUUUUCCGUGAAUGAUUUGUUUUAUUCUCCAUGAAACCUCUCAACUUCAACCCUGACCUUCCCUCCCUGCAGAGAGCUUUUCGUGAUCAAUCACCAGUGAACUAUUUUUCUUUUUGAAUUUUUUUUUUUUUUUUAAUCAUAGCUGCAACCAUUGACCGUGUGGCAUCAGGAACAUUAGCCAUAGUCGAAGAGAAGUGUCCCAUCAUGACCAAAACACCCACGGAGGUAUAACUCCUUGACUCUCCGCCUUCAUUACUUGAGGGUUACUUCAAAUAUUUAUAAGCUCGAUUUCUUGGACAUAGUUCUAGGGGAUCCUAGUGCAGUGAGAUCUUAAAGCAUGCAGUAGGCUGACAAGAAUGAAUUAUAAUUUUUCUCUCUCAAGUUUUGAGAUGCAUCAGUUAUGUUGAAUGAAUAUUGAGCAAAAUUGUCUUUUAGAAUGUACCCACUCAGUGGGUGAAUUGUUGAUUUUGCUGGGGCCAAUUUGUCUUUAAAAAAAAUAUGUGACUCUCGAGAGGCAUCAGAUCAUCAGAUAUAUUGGUUUAAUGCAAUCAUAGACAGGUUAUUCAUGUGUUGACAUUUUUUUUUUGUUGUGUUUUGAUCUCAACAAAGGAACUUUGAUUUGAUAUGUUGCACUGAGGAAAACAAUUUUUGUGACUUGGAGAUUAACUAUUAAUGGUUGUUGAAGGUUCUAUUAUAACGAAGUGGGAUAUCAGCACUUUAAAGUUGUUUGGUAUUGUGAUUUUGAAUUGAAAGAGACAAAAUGGUGUCAUUAUGCAUGAAGGAAAUUUUGGAAAUGUUUAUGAGUAAACCCUAUUUGCUUGAAAUCUAUAACAUACUAAAAACCGCUAUGUAGAAAUCUUCUUCAUGUUAUUGUUGUGAUUGUUUAAAUGAUAAUUUUCCUAGAUCAAGAUUACUGUGGCUGAUACUGCCACAGAGUACUACAACAAAGUACAAAACAGCUUUUUUGUGCAGAUGUUGGCUGCCAAGACAGAGGAAGUCUUGGACUAUAGUGAGUUGAUUGCUGAAAUGGCAUUGCCAACUGACAGCAACAACGAAGAGGACAAGAAAGAACUAGAGAGAGCUGAUGACGUUGCCAGCAAAGGAGCUUUAUUGAGGGCUGUAACCCUUAAGAACAUGGUGACACGUAGAGGAAAGAAGAAACUGAUGACUUUCAGGCCUGUGAAGAUCAGUGUUGAUGUGGUAUGUAACAGGUUUUAGAUAUGAUCACUUAGGGCUCAGUAGAAACCUGUUUGCUAGUUACUAAUGAAGUGAGUUUGUUUAUUACACUUUAACAGGUGACAUGUUUACAGGGACACGUGAAUGACUUACUAGGUAAAUCAUCUGAUUGCAGCAAGAAAGUCUAUAAGGCAUCCAUGUACAUCCCAAACUUGGCUCUUGGUCUUUCUGGUGAAGUGAUUGUCUGUACAAAGGACCUAGUUUUUGCUCUUAAUCAGGUAAAUGUGUGGGCUACUCUGAUAUGUUUGGACUUAAAUAUUCUUGGCAGUGCUGUAUUUUCCAUCAGAAAACAAAAUAAACUGUUUUAAUUUUGACAAAUGCAUCACACUAUUGAACACUGGAUUCAACCCUAUGAAGUGCAGGCUAUUGAGUGGGGUACAAAGAAGAAUUAUUGUGAAAAACAAACUACUUUAAAGUCUUCAAUUUCUGCCUCUAGUAAGUCCCAUUAGCUCAACUAAAAUUUAUGUUUGGAAGAAAAGAAAAACCAAUCAGGAAAAGUCCAACCAUUUAGGAAACCUUUGUUUGCUUUGCUGGUAUAUUUUAUGCAGAAACUUUAAGAAUACAUCUUGAUGUGAUGAACUUUGGCCAGUUUUUUGUGUGGCUUGCAUCCAAACAAAAGGAACACAGCCAUUUGUACACAAAUAUUGUUUGUGUUGUAACAUUCUGAAAUAUAGUACCAGACAAACAUUUAUUGCUUCUUUCAGGCUCACUCAAUAAAGGAUAUGCCCUCUUGUGUGGCUAAUGUGGUGGUCAAGGCCAUUCAGCCACUCUCCGAUGUUACAGACAAGCUGGCUGGCUAUGUAUUUGUCCCUCCACAAGUUAUGACUGAGUACCUUCUGACAUCUCGCCCAGUUCAGUGGAUUCUCCCUGAAAUUGUCCCAGUUCAAGACUUGAUCACCAAAAUGGAUAUCACCAUGGAAGAGAUUGAAGACACAACUGAGUCAGAGGAAUUCGAAAAUUUGGAAGACUCUUCAUAA